CGAAAUUAGAACUUUUAUUUAUUUAUUUAUAAAAUCGUAUUUUCUGAAAUAUGAAAACCUGUUCUUAAUAGAACACCACCAAGCCGCCCCCAAAUCAAAAACCUGAAAAUUGAAGCGAUGCGCAGCAGGACAUUGCUUCCCGCCCAAAUGACCGAGAGAGGAGGUGAAGCUGCCCAAAAGAUUUACUAUUUACGGCGUGUUUGGGUCCACUUGGCAAUUUUGAUUUCUUUUCUUGUUGAACUCGGAAUGUUUGCAAUUAUUCCCUUUCAGACUAGGAUUAGAAAACACAAACCAAACCUAUAUAUAUUCACCAUAUAAACAACAAGCUUCGUUUUCGAUCUGAUUUGGGAAGUUAGUAUUUGUGUAAGAAGGGAUUGAGGUUUGGUCCAGUUGGGAUUGGGAAUUUAGGGCUUCCUGAUUCGAAUUAAAUUGAGGAAUUCGUCCGUUCCAGGGAAACAAAAUCCAAACUUUGCCUGCUAAUUUACUCCCGAGAGUUGAAUUCUCUCACAGGAUUCAUCGAACAUGUCGAGAAGAGACAAAGCUCCUCCUUCAAGCUCCAGGAAGCGUAGCCAAAAAAGUAAUGAUAUUUUGUUACGUAGAAGGGCUGGUAGAAAACCUGUACUUGCUGCUGGUGACGAUGAGAGCUAUGAAGAAGUGCCUCGGCCAUCGCAACCAAAGCGACUUAACCAUUACCUAGAAGUGUUGUAUGAGAAAAGAAGAGGAUCCAACCGAGAGGAGGCACUGGCUUCAAUAAUUGAGGUGUUAACUUGCAGAUUAGAGAAUGACUAUCUGGAAGAGAAUUUUGCUACCUUUCUAUACAGGGGAGUCUUAUAUUCCCUUAAAGAAGGUUCUUCCAAAGAGAAGCAGCUAGCACUCCAUGUUAUAGGUUUGGUGGCCAUAAUCAUUUGUUGUGAAGAAAAACUCUCUGAAGCACGCAGAGAGUUGCUUCAUGUACUUUCCAAGGCUCUAAAAUCUGGAACCGCGACAUCAAAGAUGUUGAAUUGUUUGGCUAUUGUGGGUUUUUUCGGUUCUACUAACUCAGAGGAGACUGAAAGUGCCAUGCAAAUUAUUUGGGAGUUCAUUGAUCCUGAAUCUGUCAAUGAUGUCAACACAAAAAAGCAUUCGCCAGAGGUUCUAGUUGCUGCAAUAUAUUCUUGGCUGUUUCUUCUUACAAGCAUGGAGGGAUGGAGACUCAGCCACAACUCUUGGAAUGGGGCCGUUUGCUACUUCUCAAACCUAUUAGAGCACAGUGAUAAAUUAGUGCGUGUAGCAGCUUGUGAAGCGCUGGCCUUAAUAUAUGAAACUGGAAAUCUUGAUAAGUUUUGGAAGGAAGCAAAGGAUCACAGCAACUAUUCACAUAUGCAACAAUCACUGAGAGAAAAUGUUUUAAAGAAAUUAAAGUGUCUUUAUUUGGACACUAGAAGUGAGAAUAUUACAAAAAAAGUCUGCGAAGUUGUGAAUUAUUUUGAGAGUUUUCAAUGUUUGGGAACAUCUUUAACAAUCAAUGGAAAAGACCUGAAGUUGUCAUCAUGGUACCAAAUGAUUCAGUUGCAGUUUUUGAAGAAUUUUUUAAAUGAUGGAUUCAAAACACAUAUGAAGGAAAAUGAGAAACUUCAACAUUUGUUUGAAUUCAAUCCACGUAGAAUAAAGAAUUUAGGUCCAGAACUCUAUGUAUCUACCACUGAUAAGAUUACUGUCCGUUUCUUUUUACCUGAAGAAAGAAAUGCUGAAACACUGACGAAGGAAAAUAAAAAGAAAGAGAGAGUUUGGAGGAAUUCUCUUCUGGAGAAGGCAAGAACACAAUUAAUGAGCAAGCAUCGUCGCGUGUCAGAGGAAAUGAACUGCUGCGACUAUGAUUGACGGUGGAAGUGAGCACUUGCAUGUUAAGUUUCAUGGGUCUUAUUUCUACAUUUUAGGAGAAUUAACCAUUCUUUUUGGGUACAAGAAUUGUUGUAUACUUUAUUUACUAGUAUUACAAUAAAGAUAUCUUCCGCUUA